GGCUGCUGUAGCUCCCCUCUUGAGUGCCUAGGCUGAGACAAAAUUCAAGUAGGAGGUCUUUCUGCUACCCCGGCUUCUGACUAGCGUGGGGAACUGGAGAAGAGGUUGUAGGUCGUGGAAAGUAAUUAGGAAGAUCGAAGAUGAGCUGGGCCUUCCUGACGAGGUUGCUGGAGGCUGUGACCCAGCACUCCACCCUGGUGGGGAAGCUCUGGCUGUCCGUCCUGGUGGUGUUCCGCCUGGUGCUGCUGGCUGUGGGUGGGGAGGCCAUUUACCGGGACGAACUGAGCGGAUUCGUGUGUAACACCCGGCAGCCAGGCUGCCAAAAUGUUUGCUACGACGCCUUCGCACCCCUCUCCCACGUACGCUUCUGGGUGUUCCAGAUCAUCCUAGUCACUGCACCCACCGUGUUCUACCUGGGCUAUGCCGUGCACCAUUUGUCCCGGCGCCAAAUGACCCAGGAACAAGAGGAGGAAGAGAGGGAGCCCAUGAUCAAAGAGAAGUCCAAGAAGUCCGCUGAGGAUGAAGCCCACGAUGGUCGCCGGAGGAUCCGCAGGGACGGCCUCCUGGGAGCCUAUGUGGGGCAGUUGCUGAUCCGAUCUGCCUUAGAGGUGGCCUUCCUGAUGGGCCAGUACCUGCUCUACGGCCUGGAAGUGCCUCCCUCCUAUAUCUGCCAGCGCAGCCCUUGCCCCCACACCGUGGACUGCUUUGUAUCUCGUCCUACUGAGAAGACCAUCUUCCUGCUGGUCAUGUAUGCAGUCAGUGGCCUCUGCCUCCUGCUCAACCUGAUUGAGUUGCUGCACCUGGGCCUGGGAAGCAUGAAGAAUGGGGGAUACAGUUCUGCCGCACCUCCGCAUUCCAAGGGUUUCAAACAGGAGCUGGAGCAAAUGCAGAAACAGCUGCAUCUGGUCCAGAAGCAAAUGGACGUGGCAUUGCAUCUGGGCACACCUCUGGCAACAGCCCCUGAGUUUUCAGGUCGGCCUCCAACCUACAAUAUCUCUACUCAGCAAAACCGCCCCAACCAAGCCCAGAAAGAGACCCGGCUCUCCAAGACAGAGCUGUGAGCUACAGGAGAUGUUUCUUGUUCAACUGCGAUUGGAUCUCCACACAUGAUGAGGAGAAAUGAGAGCCUUGGGAUCCAGAGGAUUAAGGGUCUGAGAAUCUCCCAUAAAAGCUUUAUAUUUUUAGUAUUUUUGUACCUUUUGAGAUAUAUGUGUGCAUGUGUAUAUACAUAUAUGUACAUACAUAUGUAUGUGUGUGUAUACAUGUGUGUACCCACAUAGCCCCAAGGGAGGUGGAGGGAUAGGCCAUGAUGGCCUUGUGGCUAUAAUUCUCCUUAGAGAUCAUUCCCUCCAUCCUCAGUCCUCCACAUCCCCUUCCCUCCCCCUUCCCUCAUACCCUAGAACACUGAGUUAACUGGACAAUGAACCUGGAAACUUGAAACCUGGAUACUUGAAACUUUGAUCAUCUCAGGGAUUUACCCUACAAACGUGGUGCCAUUUGGCAUUGAA